UACAUGGAUUCAUCCGAGACGCCCGCUGAUGGCACCUCAGGAGCAUCGUUAGAGACCCAGUCAUCGCAGGUGCGGACUGUUGUGCAACAGAGAUGCAGAAAUAAAACUGAUCCGGCAUGGGCACAUGGUGUGGAAAUUGAAAUUGAAGAAAAUGGCAAGGUGAAGAAGUGGAUUCGCUGCAUGUAUUGCAAUGAGGUGCUCAAAGGUGGUGGCAUUCAUCGACUGAAGCUUCAUUUGGCUGGAGAAAAGGGUGAAGUGAAGCAAUGCACCCAUGUUAGUGCGGAGGUUAGACAUGAAAUGCAGCAAAGUGUGGAGAAUUUUAAUGAGAGGAAAAGGAAGGCUGAUGAAGAUACAACUCGUGUUAGAGGGGGUGCUGAUCGUGAAGAUGCACCUCAACAGGUUGCCGCUGCCACUCGAGCCAUUCGAGGGAAAAAGGGUAAAUCUGCUGCAUCAAGCAAGACAACAACAAACCAGGGAGUUGAUAGAUUCUUUUUAUCUAGAGGCCAACCAGGUGAUCAACAAACCAUAAAGAGUGUCUUGCAAUCUCAAGAAGCUCUAGAAAGAGUUGAUUUGAUUAUAAAUAAAUGGUUUCUUGAUGCAUCUAUUCCUUUCAAUGCAACUACUUCUAGAUACUAUCAGCCUAUGAUUGAUGCAAUUGCAAGCAUUGGUAGCGGAUAUAAAGGGCCAAGCAUGUAUCAAAUGCGUGGCCCUUUGCUAACAAAAAAUGUUGAAGCUACUAAGAAGUUUGCUGAAAGCUAUCGGAAGUCAUGGAAGGAGAGUGGUUGCACUAUAAUGGCUGAUGGUUGGAUUGAUAGAAAGAAACGAACACUCGUGAACUUCUUGGUGUACUGUCCAAAAGGUAUUAUCUUUCUCAAAUCUGUGGAUGCCACUGCUAAUUCCAAAACUGGUGAUUUCUUGUUCAAAUUAUUCAGCGAUGUUGUGCGCUUUGUUGGAGUCGAAAAUGUAGUGCAUUUCGUGACUGAUAAUGCUUCAAAUAUGGUACUAGCCGGAAAGAAAUUAGAGGCUGAGUUUCCUUCACUGUAUUGGUCUCCUUGUGCUGCUCAUUGUUUAAAUUUGAUCCUGACUGAUUUGGGAAAGAUUGAACUAGUGAAAGAAACUGUAGACCAUGCAUCUAAAAUCACUAGAUACUUGUACAACCAUUGCAACCCACUCUAUCUUAUGCGGCAGUUCACUGAUGGACAUGAGAUACUUCGUCCAGCACCAACUCGGUUUGCUACUAAUUUUGUUGCAUUGCAAAGCAUACACAAGCAAAAAGAUGCUCUUCGUACCAUGGUUUUAUCAAAAGAGUGGACAUCAGCCACACAUGCAAAAGAAGCAAAAGCAAGAAAUUUUGUUGAUCUU